AUGAUUGGUCGUGGCGCCUGGCAGGUUUGGUUCACUCCCGGUGAUGGUCGGUCACUUGACACACACCUACGCGCGAUGGACCACGCUCGAGGGACUUCACACCCUGGCGCGCGUGCUUGUGUGUCACGACCAGUUGGUGUGCGCCAGGCAGCGAAAUCACGUGGUGGCUCACUGACCCGCCUCUCGCCUUUCCCGCCUUCAAGUGGAACUCAUUCCAGGCUUGUCGAUGUUGCUGAUGUGGUCAAGGCGUGA